UUAUGGAGCAAUUGGACAGCGAAUGACAGCGUUUCUUUUUACUGGUCAGAUGGCGAGCAGGCCUCUAAGUACUAUGGUUUCUGGCAAAUAAACCAGCCAAACUUCGAAAAGGGGAGCUGCGUAGCGGCUCUCAUUGUUACGGAGUCGUCUGAGGCGGAGCACGCCCUCAUCGCCUGCAACCGGGUGCUGCCAUUUGUGUGCGAACGACCUGCAUGUGUCAAGGAUGAGCACUUUUGCCUGAAUGGAAAGUGCGUCAGCAGCAGCGCGAGAUGUGACGGUCAUGCAGACUGCAGCGAUUUCAGUGACGAGGCGAACUGCGCUGGUAUAAAAAGAAAUGCCGUCCGCGCAUAUUAUUACAAAGGAGAAUCAGGCAAGAUACAGUCUCCAGGGUAUCCGAUGAACUACCCACCAUUAUCAGACAGCAGGUGGAUUAUCGAAGGCCCGCCCGACAGCCGAAUAUUAUUACAGUUCGACCUGUUCGAAACGGAGAAGUACUUCGAUACUGUCGUUGUAAUCGACGGUGGUCCUUCUGAAAACGCGAGCUCUGUUCUGAAAUAUUUUUCUGGCUAUCCUCCCGCUUCUGAUUUGACCUUCACUUCGUCCACCAAUAUGGUUUUGAUAAAGUUCACAUCCGACAAGUCAAUCGAGAAUCGAGGCUUUCACGCCACGUGGAAAGCCAUAACCAUCUACUGCGGUGGGAGGUUAAUCGCCCAGUCUUCUAGUCAAGUUCUGAACUCUCCUGGAUAUCCUCAGAAUUACUCCGAUGGAACGGAGUGUUUUUGGACCAUCAGUUCUCCUCUUGGACGUGUGAUAUCGAUUGAGAUUCGAGAUGUUUCCCUUGGAGAUGACGAUACAUUGAUCAUAUACGACGGCGGACUGUUCUCAACCUCGGUUCUGUACUCAGCCACUGGCUUUGGCCAGCCACUACUGCUCGUGUCGACUACGAGUGAGAUAUCAGUAUUUUUCUAUGCCGACGAUGCCGGACCUGGAAGAGGAUUUUCCCUCCUGUACAAACAAGGCUGUGAUAACGUGAUUAAGCAGAACUACGGCAGCAUAACCCCACCUACAGCUGAUGGCAUUGGCGAGCAGGAGCCGUUGACGUGCACCUACACCAUUGAGCCAUCGAGCAUCGCUCGCAAGAAGCCGCCAAUCUCAGCCCGAAUCACAGAGUUUGACGUUUCGAACGGAAUUUCAUUAAAGGUUUAUGCUGGAAACGAUGCUCAGGGAAUGCUGCUUUACGCUUAUGAUGGAUACGCCAACUCUAGUUUGCCGCCAGAACUGCUGCAUUCCGAAGUUGGUGCAUUUCACGUCGUUUACCACACGGGAUCUCAUGUUUCUUCUUCACGGUGGAACAUGACGUACUCCGUAGACUGCCCUGAAAUCGAAGCGUCUGACGAUGUGUUGAAAUCCUCAAAAAAUACCUCUUUUGGAACUGAAAUUACUCUCUCAUGUUCAUACGGUUAUGAAUUUCAGUCUGGAGUCGGUUCAAUAAUCAAGGUCACUUGCUUAUCCGGAGGGUUCUGGAGUCUCAAAGAGAUUCCGUCAUGCCAGCCGAAAUACUGUCCUUCGCCCCAUCAGUUGCGAAACGGCAUUCUGCUGGACGACUCCAAUAACACGUACGGAAGUGUGAUCACAUACCGAUGUUUCCGUGGCUAUAGUUUUUCAACCGGCAAUGCAACUGAGGAGGUUUCCUGCGAUGGCAGUGGUCACUGGACAGCAUUUCCAGAAUGUCACAUACAAUCUUGUCCCCCAUUGCAGCCACUCGCAAACGGCAACAGUACGCUCUUGUUUGGCAACGGUAGCAACUACGGAACGGUAUACGAAUUCAGCUGCGAACAUGGAUACAAACUUCAAGGCAUGAAGCGCUUGUUCUGCGAUGCAAAUGGCCAAUGGUCAGACGUGCAGCCCGUUUAGCUGGGAUGCUUUCAACUGCUAGAGGUAGCAAAUGGUAUCGUUCAGAACAGCCGGACUCAAUACUUUUACGGUGACAACGCGGAAGUCAUUUGCCGGGCCGGUUUCGAGAUCAUCGGUGAUCCGAUGAUUUCCUGUUUGGCCAAUCAGACCUUCAGCGAGUUGCCGAUUUGUCACGACGUCGACGAAUGUCAAAGUACAGCAAACAAGGCGUCAUGUGAUCCGUCAUCUACAGUGUGCGAGAAUUUGAAGGGCGGGUACUUGUGCAGGUGUAAGUCUGGAUAUCGGCCAUAUCUAAGUAAGUGUUUGUGUGGCAUUGUGCCUUCGGACGAUGACAAUCCGUCUUCAGAAUGCGAAAACUUGAUGCCACUCGUUUCUUCCAACGCCGUGAUAAGUCUGUCGGCCAACAACCAGUUGGUGGCCGAUGCUCAGACACUGCUUAGCCGAGUUGAAUGGUGUGGUGAACAGGAAGAGGGAAACUUUCUGACACUCACUUUUGCCGAACCGUUCAUCAUCGAGAGGAUCCAAGUGCAAAAGUUUUCGGCGAACAACGAAGCGUUCACCACCCGUUUUUCGCUUCAACACAGCUUCGAUUCGAACAAGCCACUGAAGCAAUACCAGAAUACAUCCGGCAAGGUAGACUUUGUGCUGUUUUGCUUUGGCGCUUAA